AUGGCUAGGGAGAAUCUGACGUUGAAGUUGGACCACCUGGAGUACCGGUACCACCACGCCGCGGGCACUUUGGGUGAAUUCCGGCCGCGGUUGGCGCAGACGGGCAAGUUUUUCACUGCGAAGGGCAAGAGGACGUCGAGACGAGUCUCUGAGCUGUUGGGCGGCGACGCUGAGGAGCUUCUGCGGGAAUUGGAUGCGUUGCGGCUGCAAAUUUUUGAGAACAAGGUGUACUCGCUGGAGAAACACCUGCGAGUGCACCUGCUGAAGAAAACCCGGCAGAUGAGUGAGAGUGCGAAAGUUGUAACUCCUGCUGGUGGUUUGAAGAUGGACGAGUUCGUCCCGCUGGUGGUGAAGGCUAAGGCGAUCAAAGUGGCGACGGGGAAAGUCGGGAAGGGUGUGCCCUGGGCGCAGGAUCACGAGUACUUCGCGGCGUUGAGGGAGAAGACGCACGUGUACAACCCUGGCCGGGUUUGGAACGAGGUUGUUUGCCCGAUGGACGGCGGUGUGAAGUUGCACGGUGUGCUGUUCAACGACAAGAGGGUGAAGAGCAUACUUGAGACGUUUGACAAUGGGAUGGAUCUGUUUUUGAAUAACCGGAGGGAGAGAACCGCGAGGGACGGCGACAAACCCGAGAGCGAGGCUGAAGUGGACGACGACGACUCAGAGGGGAGUACCAGCGAGGAGGAGGAGGGGGAGGAGGAACCAGUGGAGCACACAGAAGAACAAUUGGAGAAGUACGCGGACAUGCUCGUUGGCACAGACGACGAGUCCGACGAGUCCUCCUCUGAGGAGGAGAGUUCUGGACAGAAGCGGAAACUGCCCGAGCUGAUGGCCGGCUACUACAGCGGGGAGGAGGACGAUUCUGCGGAGGAGGACCUAGUUGCUCGGCAACAGUUGUCGAACAAACCUGAGCGGAAGAACCGGCGUGGGCAGCGUGCGAGACGUAAGAUCUGGGAGCAGAAGUACGGGACACAGGCGGCACACGUGCAGCGGGAGUAUGCUAAGCAGCGGGAGGAGCGCGAGAAGCGGCAGGCCGAGUACGAGCAGCGGGUGGCGAAACGUGAGGCGAGAACGAACGCUAACUUGACAGCGCUUGGGGAGAGGCGGCCUCGUGACGCAGCGGGCGGCGAUGCAGCGGGCGGUGCACCUGUUGCUCGUGCGGAGGAUCACCCAUCGUGGGUCGCGAAGAAACUCGCUGAAGAGAAACUGAAGAACGCCAAGUUCUCCGGGAAGAAGAUCAAGUUCGACUGA